AAAGCAAUAUUCCAGCUGCUGACAAUAAGAGCUUAUCUACAAAUGCAUCGAUCCAAAAAUCGCCUAAAUCAAUUGGGGCUACUUCAUCCCUAAAAGAUACACCAGCAGUAUCGACACAAAAGCUGCAUGAAUCAAAUAUCAAUGCAAAAACAGCAGCUCCGACUAUUACGGAAGAAAGAAGCAUCGCAAGUACCAACAGCACCGCUAAUGAUUCUGGAAUCGAUAAAGCUAAAAUGGCCACCAGCGGUAUGGUAGACGAGAGCAUUAGCCCCUCUCCUGCUACAGAUAGGUCUCUGGUUCAGGGACGUAGCAUCAAAACUGAGCCAACAUUAGCAACGCGACCGGAAAGUAUGAGGUAGAGGAGAAGGAGGCGGCAAAUCAACCAGCAGCAAAAGUAGCAUUAAUGGAGACAGCACUCGAUGCCUUACGACCCAUGAGCGCAAAUACCGACCUCAGCAUCUCAAGUAUCCAGAGUUUGAGCGACAGUGAUAGCACCAGUAGCAGUAGUUAUAACGAAGACAACGGCCACGACGAUGACGAUGACGCUCAAGAGGGAACCACGGCAACAACAUUGAGUACAAAUACUUCUUCUAAUACACUGGCUCCUUCAAAACCUACAUCUGCUACUGCUACAACACCAAUAGCAGCCUCCAGCCCCGCGACCGCUUUUGGAAUUGUUCUUCCAUGGUAUCAGUAUGCUCAUGACCAUGCACCGCUAAUCCCAGAACAAGGCAAUGGCAAGAUCAUGAUGGCUGAUCCUGCCGAAAUUGGACGUCAGCUAGCUGUAUCCCACGCGGUUCUCACUGCCAUGGAUUUUUCAACCUUGUCCAGUGUUUUGGAUGCAGAGAAGUGGCAAAGGAAAUAUACAAAUGCUAAAUCCAGCGUGGAUACCAUACGCGAUCGAGUUUUAUUGGAGACGCGUAUCCAACGCACGUACGCAUCCAUGCUUAAACUCGCCGUAGAUCGCCAUAGCAGACUACUUAUUAAGGACCUACAAGCGCGUACAAGCAAUAUUGACCAACUCACUCAGGAGCUUUAUUAUACCUUUUCACACGUCUGUGAUUCGCAGGAACGCUAUCUACACCAUCUUGCAGGCACGUUGGCAGUAACAAUCCAAAGCGACGAGCGAUUAUGGCGAAGCACAUCCUUUGCUGCUACUGCUGCUGAACCACCAUCCACUGCAGCAACUGCAACUACAACGCUAUCGUCGUCACCAGCAUCCAACAAAAAACGGCGAGAAGAAUACCCGGAUGUAGUUUUGCGGCUCGAGAAAAUCGCAAAAAGAUGCUCGUCCUCACUUACGACAAAUAUGUCACAGCAAUAUCAGCAAGACAUUUUAAAACGCAAAACGAAAAGCACUACUACUACCCGCCGUAACACCGAUAAUAUGAGCGAUGACGGAAAUCUUUCGGAUGACUCAAUGUUUCUUGCAUCUGUACGCACCAGCAUGACCAGUUUUGAUGAUCAUCAACAAGCACAUGCUCUCCUAGAUAUCAUCGAGAAACAGCUAUCCGUAUAUGGUGGUAAUGGUGCUCACGUUGCUGGCGACAAGAGCACUUCGGCUGGUGUUAGCACUGACAGUAACAAUGCCGACCUCCAAGAGGAGCUAGUGCGCUUACGAAAGCGAGAAGCAGAAAUGCAGCAUCGUCUGGAUACCCAGUCGUCCGAGUUCUCUCGACAGCGGUUAGAAUGGGAACGGCAAUUAAUGCAAGCAACGCAGCAGCAAAAUGACCAAUCUUCAUCAUCCGCAAUACAGCAAAAGCUAGAGCAGCAAGUAGCACGUGAAAUUGAAGACCGCAAAUCUCUAGAGGAAUCACGGAGACGAUUAGAAGAAGCAUUACGGCAUGCGGACCACCACCAAGCUGAGAUACAGCGACAGCUAGAGGACAGCCAACGCGACCAAGCCCAGCAGUGUCAAGAGCUUAACCAGGCAUUAUCCCAAGCCAAACACCAUGAGUCGAGACUACAAGAAGAACAGACCGUGUUGCAGGACCGGAUACAAGAGCUUGAACAGACAUUGAAAUUAGCAACAGAGCAGCAAAGUCUUGAACAGAGUAGCCGUGAAUCUGCCAAGAUAUACGAGCUCAACCAAGCGUUACUGCAGGCCAACCAGCGCGAGCGUGAGCUGGUACAGCGAGUUCAACGACUCGAAGAAACGACGACAAAUUUGCACAAUGAGCAUGCAUCAAGACAGCGAAACUCGGAGCAGUCUAUGCUGCAUAAAUUCAAACAAGAAAGACAUGCUAUCCAAGCUGAGUUGGAGAUUUCGCGGCAACAAGAAACUGAGGCACGGAGUCGUUUGGAUGCUUUAAACGCUCAAGUGAAACAGGCACUUACUAGUACAUCGAUGCCAUCUUUGGAUGCCAUGGUAGACAAAUUGAUAGAACAACAGCAACAACGACAAUCAUCAGCAAGGCCGGCUUCGAGGGAGAGCAGCAACCAACAGCAAGCACUGGAUAAUCUUCGCGCAGCAUUCAAAGAAGCGCAAGAAGAAUAUACCCGGAGAGAAGCAGCACUCAUGCUCCAAUCGGCCAGCGUUGAAGCAGAAUUGGGUGCUAUCUUCAAAGAAUAUGACAAGCUUACACGCAACAUUGCAGACUUUAAUUACGAACGCAAAAAGUACGAUCAGCAAGUGCAGGCCCUGAUGCGCGAAAAACAUCUACUGGACAAACAACUAGCGGAUUACAAGGUCAAGGACGGUAUCGGCAAGGAUGGUCAAACAAUGACUUUGCGCAAGGAGUUCCGGCAGUUGAUGGCGACAGUCAAGGCUGAACAUGAGCAGGCAAUUGAGAAGGAAAUGGAAAAGCGACGACAGGUGGAAAGUGACAUGCGUAAUAUGAAGCACGAAUUAGAGAUGAAGCGAUGGGAUACAGUGAGCACUGCUGUACAAACUAGUUUCGUCGCUUAUCCUCCUCCAUCCAAUGCCACCACUAUGUAAUAUUUGUUAUUUUCGCUAUAUAGAAGUUUCUUUUUAUUGUUUUCGUUUUUAUCACCUUCAUCGAACAUUUAUCCGCUUCCCAUUCGUCUAUCCUAUAUCUCACCCAUA